GAACAGGUGUGAGUCGCCUGAUGAAGUUGAGAGAGGGGAGGCGAGAGGGGAGGCGUUGUUUUGGUGUUUGGCCGAUAGACUUGCGGGCCAGAUGGAAAUACCACCCUCCCCACUAAGCAGGGUAGCGUUAUACCCCUUUCCUGGCCUCCCAGACCUCCCUUCAGUCUUAUCAGGGACUUACAUGUACUGUGUGCUUGCUCUCUGAGCAGACACUGCACGGGUGCCCCAUAUAUCCUCUAGAACCCCAUGUGGGCCAGCCAAAGAUCUGAUAGAGGACGUCACCAGGAGGCACACAGCUACUUAGAGACCCCCGCACGCUGGAAUUUACAUGAGGCGUGGAAGGAUGCGGGGCUCCCACUCUCAACCUCAAGCAACGAGGCCUGCAAGCUGUUCGAUGCUACCCUGACCCAGUAUGUCAAAUGGACCAACGACAGAAGUCUUGGUGGCAUUGAGGGCUGCCUGUCGAAGCUCAAAGCCGCGGAUCCAACCUUCGCUAUGGGUCACGCCAUCGCCAACGGCCUCGUGCUGAUCGGCACUGGAAGCUCCGUGCGGCUGGACAGGGAGCUGGAUCAGGCCGUGAAGACAAUGGUGGAGGUUUCCCAAGCACAGCCGCUGACGCAGCGGGAGCGGCUACACGUGUCUGCGGUGGAGACCUUUGCCAAGGGGAACUUUUCCAGAGCCUGUGAACUAUGGGAACAGAUCCUCUGGGACCACCCAACAGACAUGUUGGCCCUAAAAUUUUCCCACGAUGCCUAUUUUUACCUGGGCUACCAGGAGCAGAUGCGAGAUUCUGUGGCCCGAAUUUACCCCUUCUGGACACCCAGCAUCCCCCUGAGCAGCUACGUGAAAGGCAUCUAUUCAUUUGGAUUGAUGGAAACCAACUUCUAUGACAAGGCAGAGAAGCUGGCCAAAGAGGCUUUGUCUAUCAACCCCACGGACGCGUGGUCGGUGCACACCAUUGCCCACAUUCACGAGAUGAAGGCAGAAAUCAAGGACGGAGUAGAGUUUAUGCAGUCCUCAGAAGCCCACUGGAAGGACUCCGAUAUGCUUGCUUGUCACAAUUAUUGGCACUGGGCUCUGUAUCUGAUUGAGAAGGGCGAAUACGAGGCCGCCUUGACCAUCUACGAUAACCACGUCUUCCCCAGCUUGAAGGCCAGCGGGGCGAUGCUGGACGUGGUGGACAGCUGUUCCAUGCUGUACCGGCUGCAGAUGGAAGGGGUGUCUGUGGGCGAGCGGUGGCAGGAGGUCCUGCCUAUAACCCGGAAGCACAGCCGGGACCACAUCCUGCUGUUCAACGACGCACACUUCCUGAUGGCAUCCCUGGGAGCUCGGGACUCUGGGACCACCCAGGAGCUCCUGACCACCCUGCAGGACGCCAGCAAGGCCCCCGGGGAGAACUGCCAGCACCUCCUGGCCCGUGAAGUGGGGCUGCCCCUGUGCCAGGCCCUGGUGGAGGCCGAGAACGGGAACCCCGGACGUGUUCUGGAACUGCUCCUUCCCAUCCGCUACCGGAUCAUCCAGAUCGGGGGCAGCAACGCCCAGAGAGACAUCUUCAACCAGCUGCUGAUCCACGCGGCCUUGAACUGCACAUCCGGCGUCCACAAGAACGUGGCUCGGAACCUUCUGAUGGAGCGUGACGCCUUGAAGCCCAACUCACCCCUGACCCAGCGGCUCAUCCGAAAGGCCGCUGCCGUCCACCUCCUCCAAUGAGCUGGACCUGGGCCCCUCCCCAGCGUCGGAUCAGCUGCCCCCUAAACCCUGAGGUUAGAAGCAGCUAGAGUCUGUUAGUUAGGGCUGUUGAGUAAUUUGCAGCUUUAAGCAGAAAGCCCUGUAACCAGCAACAUUAUGGGAAGUAGGGACACAAAUCAAUUUUAGACAUGACUCAGAAUCUUGGAACCCUUUGUUCCAAGGGCCAAGGGCCAAGGUGCAUGUGCCAGCAGUUAGAGGCAAAGUGGGCAGCGCUGUUGCCACUCGCCUGGCAAACUGUUUUCCCAGGGGACUCUUGCACCGCCUGGGUUGGGGGUGCUGGCUUGGCUGGGGGAAGGGGAGUCCUCCCAUGGGGAACACUCUUGCCUCUGAGGCUGCCCCUGGGAUAAGCACUCUCCUUUUGUCUUCCCCAUCAAAUUCUAGAUAUGUUGUCCCAUCUUUGGGGUGAGAGCACCCAUGGGGGGAAGUGACUUGCCCAGGCUCACAGCUACCAGAGGCCCUGAGAUUCACCUUGGACCCCUCAGCUGUGGCACACCGCCCCCAAAGCAGCACAGGCAUGUGGGGUGGCCCUCUCCUAUCUCUGGAGAAGUCUGUGGACUUCCCCAGGAGGCUCCGGUGGUGCUAAUUAAGGGACCUCGGGUAUGUGGCUUCCUUUGCCCACCAGGACUUGAAUCACAUGGGCGCACAUGCACUGAGCGGGCACACUUUCUGGGGGCUGUGGACUAAACUCAGGGUUGUCCUGUCCUGGCAAAAACCAAAGUCCAGGGAGCUUUACUGAGAUCUGAGCCAGUUUUCUGUUUCCCCAUCUUAACAUGGUCCCAGUGACACUUCUGAGCAAGCUGCUGAUUUCACUGGAAUGUGCUUGUGAGGGGCAUUCCCCACCCCUAGAUGUUUCUCAGGUUCCUUCAGUGUAGGCUGAGAUUAGGUAGGGACUCAGGUAGGGGCAGUGGAGGCCUCCAAACUGAUUAGACAAAUUUCUGAGAUUAAAAUAAAUUAGUUAAUUGGU